AUCUAAGGUUGAGUACCAAAAACGUUGCAAUUGCGAGUUAAAUGCACUUAGACGGCAAGGAAGUGGGGACUUACUCUAGUUAACGUAAAUCGUAUACCAUCGCUAGUCUUACGCGACUAGAAGCGACUAGACGGUCGGCUCUUGAAAGACGACAAUUCGCAACGAUCUGGGCGUUGUUUGGUUCAUCGUAAAAGUGAGAAAGCGAGAGAAAUAGAAAACGACGGAAAAUACAAGGUUUUCGUUGGUGAAACGAUCAAAAGUGUGGGGAUUGGAUUUUUACGAUCUUUAAGCUGAUCGUGAGAAAAUGUCGGAAGAGAGUGAAAGACCAUCUAUUUCAUUGAGACUUCAAAAAUAUUUCAAGGAGGUUCCUUUCUUCUGUAAGAUCAUCGAACUUAUCUUAUGCAUCAUAUCACUUGGUCUAAUAGUCAAUCCUUUUAAUGAGAUUCAUCGAGAAGACAUAGACCAUGUAGCUAUCGUCUAUAUAUCUCUCUGCGGCUAUAUUUUGAUAAAUGCUAUCAUCAUCCUGUGUCAUUUACUCGGUGAUCGUAUACCAAAGAAAACGGUUAUAGCAUUUUCCGUAAUGGGGGCGGUACUUUGUCUUACAGCUGGCUUUAUCCUGAUUAGUGAUUGGACCGACUUCCCCAAAAAUUUGAUAUUCCAAUACGUCGAACAAUACAGCAAUCAGAUGAUCUCGAGUGGAAUUUUCGCUAUUAUUGCGGCAAUCGUUUUCGUAUGUGACAUAUAUUUCAUUAACAAGUACUAUUAAAAUCUUUACUGCGAACGAAAUGUGAAUCAAUGAGCAUUGAUCUCCAAAAAGUGAAAACAUUUUCAAACUUUCUUCUUUAUAUCUCGCAUUAAUUGAUCUACUGACUUGUAAAAUCAUGAUAAUAUUAUUAUCGCCAAUGUGACGAAGUUAAUAUAGACAUAAAGAGAGAGAGAGAGAGAGAGAGAGAGAGAGAGAGAAAAUGUGUGUUUUAGAUCAAAAUCAAUAUUCUCAAGAACUUAACGAUUGCGUUAUAGGACGAAACAAUUAUUCGAAUAAUUUCAUUUAGAGAUUUCAGAGAAACAAUUAGCUUUUAUAAUUUGCAAAAUGCGAACAUAUUUUCGAGACGAACUGUACGUUAUUGAAGACAUUAUUACGAAAUAUUGGGAACAUGAAUGAUGAGAAUUUGUUAUCUAAUUCGAAUAAAGAAUCAACAUAAGCUACAUAAA